AUGCUUCGAAGCAGUUUUGUGAUUCUUGCUGUUUUCUUCUACAUUGCCCUUAUCGCUCAAGUAUCGAGUCGAAACCUUGCAAUGACAGGGGGUAUAUCUAGCCUGUUCAACACGCCCUUCAGAGUGAUUGGCAAAAGAUCUCCGUUCUACACGCUUCACCAGUAA